CCACCAUCAGACGGGCUGGCGGUCCGGGCUCCGCGGGACAGCAGCUGCUGCGUCGCGGGCACAGCCUCCGCGGUACGGACCCCGGUGGACACAUGCUAAGCUAAUGCUAACAAGCGGAACCGGACGAACCAAAAUCAAUGAAGAUGAUCCGAUGCAAAGCUUCUUAUCGGGUUUAUUGAUCGGAAGUGGUGGCAGCUCUCAUCAUGGAGAACCCAGCAAGGACCUCCACCAAGCUGGGCCUUCCUCCACUCACCCCAAACCAGCAGGAGGCGCUGCAGAGGGCCAAGAAGUACUGCAUGGAGCAGAGCAUCAACAGUGUCCUCAUCAAACAGACUCAGAAGCUCAGCAGCCUGCAGGUGGCGUCUCUGUCCAUGGGCCUGGGCGAUGCUCUGUCUCCUCUACAAUCGAUAGCAGCUCAGCGUCAGAGAGCUCUGGCUAUCAUGUGUCGGGUUUACGUGGGCUCCAUCUACUACGAGCUGGGUGAAGACACCAUCAGACAGGCCUUCGCUCCCUUCGGACCCAUCAAGAGCAUCGACAUGUCCUGGGACUCGGUCACCAUGAAACACAAGGGUUUUGCCUUCGUCGAGUAUGAGAUGCCAGAAGCAGCUCAGCUGGCUCUGGAACAGAUGAACUCCAUCGUCUUGGGAGGCAGAAACAUCAAGGUCGGGAGGCCCAGUAACAUCGGCCAGGCUCAGCCAAUCAUCGACCAGCUGGCCGAGGAGGCCCGUGCCUUUAACAGGAUCUACGUGGCGUCGGUUCACGCCGACCUCUCCCACGACGACAUCAAGAGCGUCUUUGAAGCCUUCGGAAGGAUCAAGUCGUGCACGUUGGUCCGGGAGCCGCUCAGCGGACGCCACAAAGGCUUCGGCUUUGUCGAGUACGAUAGGGCUCAGUCUGCUCUGGACGCCGUUUCCUCCAUGAACCUUUUUGACCUGGGGGGCCAGUACCUCAGGGUGGGCAAGGCCGUGACUCCUCCUGUACCUCUGUUCACACCGAACGUGACUGGAGGACUCCUCCCCCCCGCCGCCGCCAUGGCCGCCGCCGCCAAGAUCAAUGCUCAGGAGUCGGUUGGAGCAUCAGUGCUCAAAGCUCUGGCUGGACCAGCUCUUCUCUCUCAGCAGCUGGGAGGACCUCCUCAGGCCGUCAUGGCUAUUCAGGCUCCAGGUGUCACCACAGAUGUGACCCUGGCUCGACCCGGACUGUCUCAGGUGGGUUUGGGGAACCCGGUGACGGCCCCGGCCCCGGCGGCCUCUGUUGCCCCUGAGGGGAAGACGAAAGGGAAGGAGGAGGAGCUACAGCAGAAGGCUCCGAGGGGCGGAGCCAUGGAGCCGCUCAGCGAGCAGGAACACGCGGUGAUGAGGAAACUUCUCCGCCAGCAGGAGUCCACCGUGAUGGUCCUGAGGAACAUGGUCGGACCCGACGACAUCGACGACGACCUCGAGGCGGAGGUCACCGAGGAGUGCGGCAAAUUCGGGCGGGUGAGGCGCGUGGUCGUCUACCGUGAGCGGCAGGGCGAGGAGGACGACGCCGACGUCAUCGUCAAGAUCUUCGUGGAGUUUUCGGAGGCGGCCGAGAUGAGCCGGGCCGCCCGGGCAUUGAACCGACGGUGGUACGCCGGGCGCCAGGUGGUGGCGGAGGAGUACGAAAGGGAGGGGUUCAACCGGGGCGACCUGACGGCGUAGAACACACACAGAGGAUGGAGUGUGUGAAAGAUGGCCGACAUGACAGCUCCCCAAAAGGAAGGCCAACGGACCUGGCCUUUAAUCACAGGCGUUUUCACUGUUUCACCGGGAGGACGCCAGUGGGAUCAUGUUUCACCACAAGAGAACCCAAACGACACACUGACAGAACAAAAAGGACAAAACGAGACACGCAGGCCUGAAAUCGACAAUCAAAUUAGUUAUCAGGAAGCCUUCUAAAAUGAUUCAAUUAAAGACACCUGGUUGCGAUUGUCGACGUGAUGAUUGAAACUAAGACUUGUUGUUGAAGGAGAUGUUUAGGAGAGCUGAAUAUGUGCCGACGUGGCCGCUAGGUGGCCCAGCUAACGAGCUGUGAUCCUGCGUUCCUGAACGCAACGUCAUCCAAACUCCAACUGGAGGUCGACGGUGUGUUCAGGUGUCCUGGAGCUGCCGUUUGAUCGGCUCUGUCCUGUCAUUCAUCCAUCACUUUAUUGACCUCAUAGUUAUUGUAUUAUUAGCUCCUUGCUCAUCCUUAAUAAAACAUAUAGAAUGUUACAUGGUAUCUUGUAGCUGAGGCUCACUGCUGUUGUUAAUGCUGCUCGUAAAGGACAGAUGAUUCUCUCCCACGAAGACACUCACUGGAAUGCAGUGAAACCUGAAACUCCGCCCAAUCCAGGUGUGCACCCCCAAGGACAGGUGCAAAACAGCAUGCAAUGCAGGUGACUCAACAUCACUGAGAGGCGGAAUGGAGCAGCAAGGAGGUCAUCAGGUUCUGGUGGCACAUGGAGUAGCGUGAUGCGCUGUGGGCCACAAGGUUGGCGGUUUGAAUCCCAGCUGCCCUGCGUCCCUGAGCAAGGCACCUGACCCCUAAUUGCUCCCCAGACAAAAUGUAACGCAUGUGUUAUAAUGUAAGUCGCUUUGGAUAAAAGCGUCAGCUAAAUGACACGUGAUGUAUGCUGUGUAGACAGACCUUCACCCAGAGGCCUGUCCUGGGGAAGAGCACCAUGGUAGUAGAUCUGGUGGGGGACCUGAAGACGGGUGGACUCCAACCUGCUCCUGCUGAUCACUGCUAUGCUGGACCUGAAGAUGUGACCUGUGAUUUCUGCACUGGGAGGAAGCUGUUUGGUGUGUCAGCUCAUUAAUGAGUCACAGUCAUUUGAGAAACACAAGCUGGUGGACCCCUCCAAGAAGCUCCUUAAGAACAUCUGUUCUCUUCAUGGUGAGGUGAUGAAGAUCUUCUGUCGUACUGAUCAGCACAGCAUCUGUUAUCUCUGCUUAAUGGGUGAACACAAAGACCACGACACGGUAUCAC